AAAUUAGAAUAAACCAAACAAAUAAUUGUUUUCAUUGUCUCCCAAAAUCUUGAACAUACGCUCACCAAUAUUGACCCUUUUCCUCAAAAAUAAUAAAUUCAGCAACUCAUCUAUCAACAAUCAUAUCAUAUCUUCUCUAUCCCAAUUCCUGCCUGCUUCCAUCAUUCAUUUCGUUUCGUUUAUGUUCAAUUUCCAAUUUAGAAUUUAGAAUUGGGGUUUUUCUUUAAUGGGUGAAUCAACUCAAACGGCCGUUGACGGUGGCGAUGCAGAGAUCAACCUCAACAUCCGCUGCUCUAACGGCAACAAGUUCUCCGUUAGAUCGACUCUCCGAUCAACGGUCAGCGCUUUUAAAGAUCUUUUGGCCCACAACUGCGAUGUUCCGGCGAAUCAACAGCGCUUGAUUUAUAAAGGAAGGAUUUUGAAGGACGAUCAAACCCUAGAUAGUUAUGGCCUGCAGGCGGAUCACACAAUUCACAUGGUGCGCGGUUCUGCACCAGCACCAGCAACUAGUGCACCUGCUGCUGGAACUCCCUCUCAAGGUGCUGUAUCCAAUGAAGGAGUCGGGCUGGCUGGUGCUGGUGGCGGGGCUGGGGCACCGCCGUUUCCUGGGCCUGGUUUGGGUGGGCUCGGGGGAACUGGUGCACCGAACCUAUUUGGGUCGGGACUUCCUGAAUUUGAACAAGUUCAGCAGCAACUAUCUCAAAAUCCUAAUAUGAUGAGAGACAUGAUGAACAUGCCAGCGAUUCAAAACAUACUGAAUAAUCCGGAAAUCAUGCGUAGCAUGAUUAUGAGCAAUCCUCAGAUGCGUGAGAUCAUUGACCGUAACCCCGAGCUGGCUCAUAUUCUUAAUGACCCUGCAAUUCUUAGGCAGUCGCUUGAAACCGCGAGGAAUCCCGAGCUUAUGCGUGAGAUGAUGCGUAACACCGAUAGGGCUAUGAGCAAUAUUGAAUCGUCUCCUGAGGGUUUUAACAUGCUGAGACGGAUGUAUGAGAAUGUCCAAGAACCGUUUCUGAAUGCCACAACAACCGGUGGAAAUGAUUCUGCGGCUAACCCGUUUGCAGCUUUACUCGGUAAUCAGGGUACUGCUGCUGCUGCUAACACUCCUUCGGUAACGGGUUCUGAAACAACUCCAGGAUCUGCAGUUCCUAAUUCUAACCCACUUCCUAACCCGUGGGGUGGUACUACAGGUGCUGCCCCAACAAAUGCUGGUACCCGAGCACCAAACGUGUCCGGGUUAGGCGGUAUGGGUCUACCAGGGUUAGAUCGCGCGUCUAACAUGCCUGACAUGAGUCAGCUCAUGCAAAACCCGGCUAUAUCUCAGAUGAUGCAAAGCUUGCUUUCAAAUCCCCAAUAUAUGGAGCAGAUAGUGAACCAAAACCCUCAACUACGCAGUAUGUACGAUGCUAACCCUCAGUUAAGAGAAAUGAUGCAAAAUCCAGAAGUAAUGCGCCAGUUAACUUCACCACAGAUGAUGCAGCAAAUGAUGUCGUUGCAGCAGCUUCUACCUCAGCUUAACCAGCAGCAAUCCACUUUGGACCCUACCCAAACAGGUGCUGCUACGGGAGCACAAAAUAAUAUGGGGCUGGACAUGUUGAUGAAUAUGUUUGGUGGGCUUGGAGCUGGCGGUUUGGCUGUUCCAAAUGUGCCUGAUGUGCCACCGGAACAAUUAUAUGCAACACAACUAGCACAGCUUCAAGAAAUGGGGUUUUUUGAUACCCAAGAGAACAUCAGGGCGCUACGAGCUACAUCGGGCAACGUUCAUGCUGCUGUCGAGAGGCUUUUGGGUAACUUUGGCCCAUGAUGUCUCUUUUGAUCUCUAAAGAUAUAACCGGGCUUGUAAUAUGAUUCGGUUUUAAAGUAUUCUUUGUAGACAAAUGGAGGUCAUGUGGAUUUUCUUUUGGUGUUUUUUAUUGUACCAACAAAUUUCAUAGUUCAUUGCUGUUUUUUUAUGAUGUUCUUUUGAAAUACCUCCGUCUUGGGAGUGUCUA